AUGGGGCCUCCCGGCAACCACCACCGUCGGCGCAGCUCCAUGCUUACCGGGGCAGGGCGAUCACAACCGGCUCCAACAGACCGGAGAGACGAAGGCAUGUGGUCGCAUGCAGAUGGGGCGAACAAACGCGAAGAGCAGGAACCUUUGACGGCAGAGGACACCGAUGCGUCCGAACAUUCAUCCGCCGCCGAGAGCCUGGAGCUGGACCCGAUCAGCUCGGACGAUGACCAAUAUGAUGAGGAAACCGGUCUCACAACAAAUCAAAGACGUCAGCGACGUCGUCGGCGAAGACAGCGUCGCAAGCUCGACGCUCGAAUCGCGGAUGUCAAGGGCCAGGGAAACAUUCGCGAGAUACUCUCGGAUCGCAAUGUGGUGAAGAGGUUGCUCAUCAAUGGCGCACUGAUCCUGAUGUGGUACCUCUUCUCCUUAUCGAUCUCAAUAUAUAACAAAUGGAUGUUUUCCGAGAGCGAUGUCGUCUUCCCUUUCCCUCUUUUCACAACAAGCUUGCACAUGCUCGUCCAAUUCACUCUUGCCACAAUAAUAUUAUGGAUAUUCCCAUCGCUUCGUCCACGGCAACCGGCCGGGUCUGCGACCACCUCCCCCAUUGAUGGCCCCGAAGAGCCACAACCUCUCAUAUCUAAAUUCUUUUACUUUACUCGCCUCGUCCCGUGCGGUGCUGCCACCUCGCUCGACAUUGGCCUUGGAAACAUGUCCCUCAAGUUCAUUUCUCUUACUUUCCUGACCAUGUGCAAAUCAUCUGCCUUGGCUUUUGUACUCUUAUUCGCCUUCCUCUUCCGUUUGGAAUCGCCGUCCAUGAAACUCAUCAUCAUCAUCGCCACAAUGACCAUAGGUGUGGUGAUGAUGGUCGCUGGAGAGACUGCGUUCAAUGCACUUGGCUUUUCACUCGUCAUUGCAUCUGCGUUCUUCUCGGGAUUCCGGUGGGGCUUGACCCAGAUCCUCCUGCUACGCCAUCCGGCCACUUCAAACCCCUUCUCCACUCUUUUCUUGCUUACUCCCAUCAUGUUCGUUUCUCUGAUCACCAUCGCGCUGUCUGUUGAGGGUCCCCACGAGAUUUACAAGGGAUACCUUAAGCUCGCUAGCGUGCAUGGCGACUUGAUGGGCACUUUCCUACUCAUUUUCCCUGGAGUCCUUGCAUUCUGCAUGAUUUCCUCUGAGUUCGCACUUUUGAAGCGUUCUUCCGUUGUCACAUUGAGUAUCUGCGGUAUAUUCAAGGAGGUCGUGACAAUCAGCGCAGCGGGCAUCAUUUUCCACGAUAAGCUCACAGCGGUCAACCUCACCGGUUUGGUCGUGACAAUCAGUAGUAUCGCAGCAUACAACUAUAUGAAAAUCGCAGGAAUGCACGCCGAGUCCAAGGAGGACGAUUGGAGUCGCGAGUCGAGUCCGAUGACCGAUACCGAAGGCGAAGGCGAGUACAGUGGUGGUGAGCGAGGUGACUAUCGUCAAGUUGCACCCCAAGACUCGAGCAUCGUCAGCCCAGUACCGGGAACUCGGUUCAAUGAGGAGACCUCACCAGCCGGUGACCAGCGCCGCUCAUUCCGGGUCCGCGCCAGCGGCUCCCGACACGGACUUUCCAUUUCCACCACCAUCCCAGAAGAUGAUGGACUACCGACGCCCAUCAAGUCCGCUCCCCCAACUAUUACAACUAUGGCUGAGGCGGGAUUUCCUCAGCUUAAUGCCUCUACUCGCGAAGCAUCGCCGGCCAUACAAUCGACCUCAUCGACCUCGCCUACUCGAGGCCAACAUUUCACUUAG